AAAAAAAAAAAAUUAAAAAAUGGAGUAAAUAUAGAGUCUCUCUUGUUAAUGCGCGUACACGUAUAAAUUUAAUAAUUUCCAUAAUAAAUAAUUGUUUUAAAUAAAAAACGAAACAACUGCCGGUUAAUAAAAGUUCAUAUAUUUGUGUGUUGACUAAUUAUUAGUUGAAUAAAUAAAAAAUAAAUAACAAAAAUGAGUAGAAGACGUGCACAUGAAGACGAUGAUGGAUACGAACGAACAUAUAAAAAACGUCGUCGUGUAUCGGAAAAUCAAGAAAUUGAGGAUCGUCUUGAAUCAUUGAUUCUCAGAGUUGGUGAAAAAUCAACAUCAUCAUUGGAAAGUAAUUUGGAGGGUCUUGCAUCAGUUCUUGAAGCUGAUUUAGGUGUAUUUCGUACAAAAAUACUUCGUAUAUUGACUGAUUGUACAAUUAAAAUGCCUGAAAAAUGUACAAUAUACACGACUCUUGUUGGUUUAUUGAAUGCUAAAAAUUUUAAUUUUGGUGGUGAAUUUGUGAGUUAUAUGGUUAAAAAUUUUAAAGAAUCAUUAAAAUCUUGUAAAUGGGAUAAUGCAAGAUAUUUUUUAAGAUUUUUAGCUGAUUUAGUUAAUUGUCAUGUUAUAUCAUGUGGUUCAUUGAUGACAUUAUUUACAAAUAUGCUUGAUACUGGAAGUGAAGAUAAUGUACCACAAGUUAGAAAAGAUUGGUAUGUUUAUGCUGUAUUAUCAACUCUACCAUGGGUUGGUCGUGAAUUAUAUGAAAAAAAAGAAACAGAACUUGAUCAUUUAAUGUUGACAAUUGAAAUAUUUUUAAAAAAACGUUCUAAAAAACAUCAACCAGCAUUACGUGUAUGGUCAAAUGAUACACCACAUCCACAAGAAGAAUAUCUUGAUUGUUUAUGGGCACAAGUACGUAAAUUACGUCAAGAUAAUUGGGCUGAAAAUCAUAUACCAAGACCAUAUUUAGCAUUUGAUUCAAUAUUAUGUGAAGCAUUACAACAUGAUUUAUCACCACUAGAACCACCACCACAUCAUGAUUCAUAUUUAUAUCCAUUACCAACAGUUGUAUUUCGUAUGUUUGAUUAUACUGAUUGUCCAGCUGAAGGUACAUUAUUACCAGGUAGUCAUGCUAUUGAAAGAUAUUUAAUUGAAGAACAUCUUAAACAAAUAAUUAAUAAUCAUUUUUUUGAAAGAAAAGAAUGUGCUGGAUAUUUAUUAAAUUUUCCAUAUAAAUCAAAAAUACCACUUGAUUAUUGUAUUGUUGAAGUUAUAUUUGGUGAAUUAUUUAAUUUACCAAUACCAAAACAUUUAGAAAUAUGUUAUGGUUCAAUAUUAAUUGAAUUAUGUAAAUUACAACCAUCAACAAUGCCACAAGUAUUGGCACAAGCAACUGAAAUAUUAUUUCGUAGAAUUGAUUCAAUGGCUGCAGCAUCAUUUGAUAGAUUUACAUGGUGGUUUGCAUAUCAUUUAUCAAAUUUUCAAUUUAGAUGGUCAUGGGAAGAUUGGGAUUCAUGUUUACAAAGAGAAUAUGAACAUCCAAGACCAAAAUUUAUAAGAGAAGUAUUAGCUAAAGCAUUAAGAUUAUCAUAUCAUCAAAGAAUACGUGAUAUGAUGCCAGUAACAUAUGCUGAAUUAAUACCACCAAUACCAGAACCAAUAUAUAAAUAUACUGCUGAUGGUGCUGCUAGUUUACCUGGUACUGCUGCUGCACAUGAACUUGUUGUAUCAAUUAGAAGAAAAUGUACACCAGAAGAAGUACUUAAUGUACUUAAUACAUUACCUGGACAAGGUGAUAAUGAUGAAAUUAAUAAUUUUAAUCCAUUAAAAAUUGAUGUAUUUGUACAAACAUUACUUAAUCUUGGAUCAAAAAGUUUUAGUCAUAGUUUUGCUGCUAUUGGAAAAUUUCAUUAUGUAUUUAAAGUACUUGCUGAAACUGAAGAAGCACAAAUUUGUAUUUUACGUAAUAUGUUUUCAUUGUGGAAAAAUCAUUAUCAAAUGAUGGUUGUAUUAACUGAUAAAUUAUUAAAAACUGGUAUUAUUGAAUGUAGUGCUAUUGCUAAUUGGAUAUUUUCAAAAGAAAUGCUACCAGAAUUUACAAAGCUAUAUAUAUGGGAAAUAUUACAUUUAACAAUACGUAAAAAAAAUCAACAUGUUAUUAAAUUAACAAAUGAACUAGCUGAAGCUAGAGAAAAAAUGAGACGUGAUGAUAAUCAUUCUGGUUCAUCAUCUGAUGACAAUGAUACUACUGGCGGUGGUGGUGGUGGAGGUGGUGGAGCUGGUGGUGAUGGUGAUGGUAGUAGCAAAGAUAAAAAUGGUGAAGGAACAUCUGAAGAUGCUGUUGAAAGAAUGGAAGAAAAAUUAGAAGCAGCACAAGCUGAUCAAAAAAAUUUAUUUCUCAUUAUAUUUCAAAGAUUUAUCAUGAUUUUAUCAGAACAUUUAGUACGAUCGGAUACUGAUGGUAUUGAUUAUAAUACACACUGGUACAGAUGGACAAUUGGAAGACUUCAACAAGUAUUUUUAUCUCAUCAUGAACAAGUUAUGAAAUAUUCAUCAACACUGGAAACAUUAUUAUUUACACCAGAUUUAGAUCCACAUAUUCUUGAUAUUUUUCAUCAAUUUGUAUCAUUGAGAGCUUAAUUUAAAAAUAUUAUUCAAAACAUGCAGUGAGUAAGUUAAAUUUUCAAAUGUAACAAUUUGUUUGGUUUUUUCUUUUUUAUUAUUGACAGGUUGAUAUUUAUUGUGAAAAAAAAAAAAAGCAUUUAUUGCUUUGUCUAUGAUGAUGAAAAUGAUAAUAAAAUUUACACAUUUUUGUGUAUUAAUUGUAAAUUGUAUUGUUUAAUUAUUUAAGGUGUCAUUGAUAGGUGUUGUAAAGUUACAAUUUUUUCUAAAUGGCUCAUUGACAUUUGCAACAAUUGCUGGUGUUUUUAAAUAUCCAUUUAUAAAUUUUUCGGUAUAUAGAGUCUGGUGUCUUCCUUUGUAGAGAGGAUACUUUUCUUGUUUCUGUUAAAAUAAAAAUAAACAUUUUUUUUUUGCUUUCAAAUAAUGCACUUGUAUUGAUUGAUUUUUAUUGUAAAAAUAAUUUAUAUUUACUUGAAAUAAUAUUGUGGUGUUUUCAAUAUCUGGUUCAAAUUUAUCAUCACAAAAUGAAUGGAAAUAUUCUGAUGGUUUUGAUGGAAAUAUAGGUGCUGGUGUAUUAAUUUCAUUUGAAAUAAUUUCCAUUGCUUGUUUUAUUAAUUUUUUUUUAAUAAAAAUACGACGUUUUCCUUCUGUUUAUAUUUUAAUAAUGAAAUUUAAUAAAACAUUUUUUUUUCUCCAAUAAUAUAUUUUAAUUAAAUUAAACUUACCAUUAUUUUUAUUAAAUUUAAAUUUAAUUAACUCAUAAUCUUUUCCAAUUCCUUGAAUUUCGAAAUCACAUUUAUUCAUUGUUUAGUAUUUAAUGAAAAACAAUAAAAAAAAAUAUUUAAAAAAUA